UUUGACCAUCGUGCUAUACGUAUCGAGGCUACUCAACUUUAUCAAGUCGUCAAGAUGUCUGGACGUGGCAAAGGUGGUAAAAUAAAGGGCAAAGCGAAGAGCCGUUCCAAUCGAGCUGGACUGCAAUUUCCCGUGGGUCGUAUUCAUCGGUUAUUGAGGAAGGGAAAUUACGCGGAACGCGUCGGUGCCGGUGCUCCGGUUUACCUGGCCGCGGUAAUGGAAUAUCUCGCCGCUGAAGUAUUGGAAUUGGCUGGAAAUGCAGCACGGGAUAAUAAGAAAACGAGAAUCAUUCCAAGACACUUGCAGCUUGCCAUUCGCAAUGACGAGGAAUUGAACAAGCUGUUGUCUGGUGUAACCAUCGCUCAAGGUGGUGUCUUGCCGAACAUUCAAGCUGUGCUAUUGCCGAAGAAGACUGAAAAGAAAGCGUAAUCAUAAAUUGGCAAUGUGAGACAACAACUUACGAUGGUUGACUGCGGAUCCACAAUAUCACAAAUGGCCCUUUUCAGG